AUGAGGGAAUCGCGGCAAAGAACGUUCACUCUUCCAGAAACAGAGCUCGACAUUUACGAGUUUUGCUUCUGGGCGGGAAACAAAACCGGACAAGCGACAGGAAAAGAAGUCCUGUCGGUAACAUUGAAGAAAUACCUCCAAGGCCUCAAGGCGUGGCACACCUUUCACGACUCCCCAUACCCAAUCAUCACGGAAAAGAAGGUCGCUCUCAUCUUAAAAUCUUCGGCGAAGUUGGAGGCUACAUUUCCAAAGAAAUCUCAGAAGAAAGCGGUGAUGAUUGAACAUCUGAUCGUCCUGGCAAACGAUCUGUCCACCGGUAGCCUAGAGGACUUAGCUAUCCUGGACAUGGCACUGAUAGCUUUCUGGGGACUAGCAAGGCUAGGGGAACUUACGUUAGAUCAGGGGGUAGGCGGCGACUUAGGCGUCUACACAUACGACGUGGAUAUUUCUUCAAAAACGGCGACAAUCGAACUCAGGAGGUCGAAGACAGCAGCACCCGGCGAGUCACAAUUUCUCAAGCUGAAACAGCUUACGAACAUUCUCUGCCCAGUCAAGGCGGUAUCGCGGCGCCUUGCAGGACGUGGUACGCCCAGCAGACACUUAUUUGGGUACACCAAGAAGGACCGUUUCAUACCCCUGUCAAAGUACAGGGUUAAGAAGCGGCUUGCAGACGUCUGGGGAAGGAACGGCUACCACGGGCUUUCAGGCCACUCCUUCCGUGUGGGGGGCGCCCGUUCUUAA